AUGCCUACCUCGCCGCCGCCCUCCGCCGCCGGAUUCCCAGUCCUCGCCGUCGCGGUGCUAGGAAUCGCCGUCACGGCUUUUAUAAUGAUCACCUAUUACAUCUUCGUCACCAAAUGCUGCUUCCGGUGGCAGCAGAUCGACCCUCUCCGCCGCCUCACCGGCGGCGCCGCCCCGCCUGCAUUCCAAAGUAACGAAGAUUCCGGCGUGGUUUCCUAUUCUCCCCAAUCCUGGCAGACCCGAGGGCUCGACGAACUCCUAAUACGAGAAAUCCCCACCGUCCAAUACACCAAGCUCCACCCCGCCGGCGCCGGCGCCGGAAAGUCGGCGAGACGCUGCGUCGUCUGCCUGAAUGAAUUCGACGAUAACGAUGUACUAAGAAUUCUCCCCAAAUGUAGCCACGCCUUCCAUUUAGACUGCAUCGAUGUCUGGCUCGCGACCAAUUCCAAUUGCCCUCUUUGCCGAUCUACUAUUUCCGGCAGAAACCGCUACCGCGACGGCGCCGGCGCCGACGCCAUUGUCGCCCCCAAUUCCUCCCCGCAGGAGCCGCCGCCGCCGCCAUCGCUGCUUCCAGCCGGCCGGAGCGAUUUUAUAACGUUACAAAUCAGUGGGGAAGAUGGCUCGAGCAGAUUCCUUGUUCCGGCGCCGGCGAGGAGCUGUUCUUCUAGAAAAUUUGGGAAAUCGAAACCUCAGAAAUUCCACCAUAGCUCGAUAAUGGGAGACGAAGGAAUCGACGCCGGCGAACAGUUCGACAUCCAGCCGAUCAGAAGAUCGUUUUCCAUGGAUUCGGCGGCCGACCGCCACGUGUACUUUUCCGGUCAGGAGAUUUCGAGGCAAAAUAGGUUAUCCAUUGAAGAAAGCAGCAGCAGCAGUAGCAGAAUGAAAAGAUCGAUUUUUUCGUUCGGAAAUGGAAGAGGAUCGAGAAACGCAGUUCUUCCGAUUUAAAUUUUUUACCAAAAUUACUUCUCGUUGCACAGAUUGAUCGAUUUUGCAGAUUUUAGGAACUGUUAGUCAGUCAAUUAGUUUCAGAUCUUACAACACAGUUGAAAAAAGGAUGACGAUGACGACGAUGAUGUCUUUUUCUUGCCAUUAAUUAAAAAAAUAAAAAAUAAAAAAAUCCCAGAUCUCCAUUGUUUGACUUUGUGUAAAACCUUCAAAACGUGAUCCAGUCGAAGCACCACAUGCCCACUUUCAGGGCAUUCAAACA